AUGCCGUUUUCUUCGGGGCGACCGUUGCUACAGCUAGAUUUUACCGCCGAUUUGACUUUUUUUUCUCUUUUUCAGAUUGCUUUGGAAGAGGCAGUGCAUGCGGCGUUUGAAUCAAUUCAACAGCUGAAACAGAGUAUUGCUGAGAGGAAGGAAGCAAUUUUGCAAAAAAAGGCAACACUGGAUGCCAUCAAUGCUAAAAUUGUCAAAGAGCAGAGAACAAGCGAUGAGCUUACGGUUACUGAUUUCAGUUUGCUCAAAUUUUUCAGUUAA